CAACAACUUAAUUUCGUAUUUCAGCAUUAAUAAGGUUCCUCAUUUAAUCAAGAAAGCUUUAAUUACAGACUAUAUGAGUAUGCCUUAUAUUUGUAGAAGACAUGCUCAUAUAUACCCGAUUUUGGUGUUUUACCAACCGAAUUUAAAAAAUAUAUGAAUGUAAUUGAGACUAAAAUUAGAAAUACACGGGCUUUAAAAACAUUUGUUAGAGAAGUGGGCUGCAGCAGUGGCCCAAACAUGCUGGACUGCUGGUUUGAGAACUUCGUUAGAACACGAAUAUUUCUUGAUUUUCUUCCACGACCUCCGUCUGAAUGUCACUCCAGAAGUUCCUUCAAAACCUCAACACUGUCAAGCAGUGGCGGAACCAGGGGUGGGCGAGCCGGUGCCGGCGCCACCCCUUCGCCGGAGAUGCUAGGGUAUAUAUAUAUACAAUUCCCACAGCGCUCCUGGUAGUCGUCUUCCUUGCCCCUGCUGUUUUCCGCCGACCUACUCUGUUUCGUUGGACAAUCGAUGAGUUCAAAGGUUCUGCUUUGUUAUGUUUUUUACUGCACCCAUACGACGGCGUCUUAGUAAGUGUAAAAAAUAAAUAGAAACGACAUAGCAUAGCUCAUAGGCAUACUUUAAUAUUGAUUGUUAUCAGUUACUCCGUAUCACUUAUAAUUAUCAGCCCAAAGGCCGUGGCUUGACCGAAGGCCCAGCCGCUCAUAUUCUAGAAUCACAAAUAUGAAACGACCUUUGCCCUUGUAGUCGAUAGCGGUUUGACCGGGUCUUCCGAUGGGGUGAGGACGGAGCAUUGAGGAAACGCAAGCCGCAAGCAUCAAGCCUUUCUCUGUAUGCUCAUCUGGGAUGUAGUGGUUCAUUAUUUCUUUGUUUAACUUGCUACUCCGUAUUAUUUAGUUUUUUAGUCAUUUAAUUUUGAAUUUUUCGUAUUUUGGGUUGCGAUUAAGGCUGGUUUAUUAUUAAUUGAGGUUUUAAAGGUUGCUUUCCUUUGCGAAUUGCUGAAUUGAGACAUCUUAUAACUAGUAAUCAUUGUUUUUAAUUAUUUAGUUUAGCUUGCUAUUAAUAUGUUCCGUACAGUUUUAGAGUAAAACUUUAUCCUUUUAAUUAUUUACUUUUUCAGGAUUUAAAGUUUCAGAAUUUCAAUUAUCUUUAAUUAGUGUAGGGAUUUAUAUUGUUUUAUCUACUAUGUACUUGUGUAAAUAACUUAAAUAAAUAAAAAUGACCAAUAAUUUAUAUUAUAUUACAUAAUAUUAUUAAUGAUUUUUAUAAUUUUAAUAUUUGUUAGAUUACCUAUGUGUAGUUGACCCCAAUUUUUUUUGGGAAUAAAGGGGUGUUUGGAACUGAUUCUGCUUCUUUUUAAAAGCAGAAUCAGAAUCAGUUUUUAGAAGCUGGUCUCCCCCAACUUCUAAAAAAACUGAUUCUAGGAGUAAAUUAGAGCACCAGAAUCACUUCUGCACUUUCACCCAAACACUCCAGCUUGCUUCUCCUUCCUAAAGAAGCAGAAGUAUUUUUAAGAAUUAGAUCCAAACACUCCCAAAGUUUAGAGGUUAUUGUUGUUAGAUUAUGUACGUCUAUAUUACUAUUGUACUUUCUCAUAUUUUCUGGUUCCGCCACUGCUGUCAAGCGAUGUCACAAUAAUCUGCCAAAACCUCACCUUCAUCAAGCAGUCAAGAUCGGAGACGCCACCAUCAACGCAGUCCUUGCCAACCACCACCCCACCGCCAUCCUCCCCAAGCUAACCCCUACCCUCGUCCACCUUAUUAUCUCUGACCCACAUCUCAAGACCCCGAAGUGCAUGGAAUUCUUGAGUUUCCUCCUAAAAAACCACUCUUUAAUGUCUUUUGAGCUCAAUUUUGAUGCCCAUUUGACUCUUAUCUGCAGCCUGGCCGAGGCCAAAGAGUUUUCACUUGCUGAGGGCAUUCUGGGUUCUAUCUCAAAUCUUAAAAGCUUCAGGUAUACCGUUUUAGCUUCUUUUAUUGAGAACCAUGAUGUUUCUUUGAGAGUGUCUUCGAAAGUGUUUAAUUGGUUGCUUAAAGCAUACUCCGAUAAUCAAGAAUUUGGAAAGGCCUCUGAGAUAUUUGAUCAUAUGAUUGUUAAUGGUAUAAAGAUCAAUGAGAGGACUUGUACUAUUCAUUUGAUUGAUCUUAUGAAAUAUGAUCAAUGCGGAUUAGGACUGCAAUUCUUUAAUCAGAUGGUCAAAUCAGGUAUUCAAAUUUCUGUGUUUUCUUUGACUGUGCUGGUGGAUGGGUUGUGUAAGUUUGGGGAAGUAAAAAGGGCUAGAGAGCUUGUGGAAGAGAUGGUUAGUAAUAAUAAAGGAAUAAAACCAAAUAUUAUAACCUUUAACGCACUUAUUGAAGCCUGUACUAACAGAUGGAAUUUUGAAGAACUUAAUAAUGUGUUGGCAAUCAUGAAGCAAGAAGGUGUAGAUUUUACGGUUGACACUUUUAGAUUUUUGAUUUAUGGGUAUUCAAGCAAUGGGAGGAUGAGAGAAGCAGAGAGAAUAAUCAUGGAGAUGCAUGAAAAGGGUUAUAAGGUGGGCACCCAUUUCUAUAAUUUAAUCAUGAGUGGGCAUUGCAGAUCAGGUGAAUUAGAAAAAGCAUUUUCUUUAGUUUCUGAGAUGAAUGAAAGGCAUGUUUGGUUAGACAUGGAUACAUAUUGGAGUUUGUUUAGUGGACUUUGUAAGGUUGGCCAGUUUGAAGCGGCCAAUGAACUUGUCAAUCUGAUGCAGAGCAAAGGAUUUGAGUUGGACCAAGUUAUUUUUGAGACCUUAAUUGAAUGUUAUUUGGAUGAGGGGGUAAUGGAGGAAGCAGUUAGUAUCUUAAGUUUGAUGGAAGUGAAAGGAUUUUUCCCUGAUUUGGCCCAUGUAUGAGAAGGUAAUUUGUGCAUUGUUCAAGCUGGGCCGAACUGAAGAGGCAAAGUCGAGACUAAAGUUCUAAUCAAGAGGGGAUCUCCAAAGAGGAGUUGAGAAACUCUAUUCCAUUUUUUUACUUAGAAAGAAACUUAGUUCCACAAGAAUCUGUUUCCUUUAAUGAAAGAAAACAUCAGCUCUUGGAGUGAUAUAAAUGGUGAAAAUGUUUGCAUAAAGGGAAAAGGGGCAAAUAAGCCCUUGAACUAAUCAAAAAAGUGCAAAUAAGCCCUUUUGUAGGAGGUUCUGUCCGAUCAUCGUCAUUUGGGGAGGUUCUCGGUGGAAUUUUUUGAUGAAUUUUUUUGAGCAUCUUCUUCAUUAAGUCUAGUUUACGCAUACCAAAUUUCAGCUAACAAUUCAACCGGGAAGGCACUCAAAUGAUUUUCGGAAAUAUACUGCGUUGUUUAACUGCGCAGUUAUCUUCAAAAAAUCAUUUGACUGUCUUCCCGGUUGAAUUUUUAGCUGAAAUUCAGUAGGACUAAACUAGACUUAAUGAAUAAGAUGCUCAAAAACUUUCAUCAAAAAAUUCCACCGUGAACCUCGCCAAAUGAUGAUGACCGGACGGAACCUCCUACAAAAGGGCUUAUUUGCACUUUUUUGAUUAGUUCGAGGGCUUAUUUGCCCCUUUUCCCUUGCAUAAACAUUGUCAAUCAAGUUGCCUAGAAAGGUAAAAUAUUGGGAAAAGGUGCAAAUAAGCCCUCGAACUAACCAAAAAAGUGCAAAUAAGCCCUUUUAUAGGAAGCUCUGUCCGAUCAUCGUCAUUUGGGGUGGUUCCAGAUGGAAUUUUUUUAUGAAUUUUUUUUAGCAUCUUCUUCACUAAGUCUAGUUUACCCAUACCAAAUUGUAGCUAAAAAUUUAAUCGGGAAGGCAGCCAAAUGAUUUUCUGAAUUAUACUGCGAUGUUUAACAGUUCAGUUAUCUUCAAAAUUUGUUUGACUGCCUUUCCAGUUGAACUUUUAGCUGAAAUUUGGUAUGGUUAAACUAAACUUAAUGAAGAAGAUGCUAAAAAAUUUUCAUCAAAAAAUUUCACUAGGAACCGCUUCAAAUGGCGACGACUGGACAAAGCUUCCUAUAAAAGGGCUUAUUUGCACUUUUUUUAUUAGUUCGAGGGCUUAUUUGCCCCUUUUCCCUAAAAUAUUUGCAGAAUGUUGCACUUGGUUUAUGAGUCAUGGAAUGAAGAGGUUAAAAGAAUCUGACCAGUUUCUGAAACAAAACAUCUGCCAUGGAUUUAGAUUUGGUAUCAGCUAGCUACAAAUUUUGGGAUUCACGGGAUGCCCUACGAUAUGUGAUUGCUGAAAUGAAAUUUGUCACUAACAGUUUCUGGUAUCAAAAGAGAUCUUUGCCAAUGGACACGAAAGAAAAUAUCAUGUUUUAGUUAAAAUCACUAGGAGACUAGUUGUGGGAGGAUGGGAUUAAGGCUAACUUCAUGAAACCACAUAGGAAGGAAUGACUUUGAUGGGGAUGAAGAACCGGUAGAAGGAUAUUAAAAAAGUGAUGAAAUAAUCCAAGUGACCAAGAGGCUGACAUCCCAAGUAGUUCAAGAAUGCUUUUAUAGCUUGCCUCAGCCUUGCCUCAUCUGUGGGAUGAGCAAACAUUUUGAAUAUUUCUCACUAGGUUGUCGCAAUGGAUGUCAAAGAGCUGUGGGCCUAAGCGAUACUUGGGCAACAAGUAGUUUAGUAGUCAGUAUGCAAUGCUUGAAUGUGGUAUAAAAUAGUUCAAUAUCCAUUCUAAUGUACUACGUAUUAGUGUAUAAUGUUAAUACCCCUCCCAACCCAGAAAGACUCACCAUCGUUGGGUUUUUUUAUCAAUGAUGUUGAAAUUUGACCAACUGUACACUGUAUUUUUAUACAAGAUUAUUUAUAGUAUGAAUAUGAUGCACAAGUGUUCUUGGUUAAA